AAUAAAAAUAAAUCCCGGAAUCCCCGCCGAGCCCCGGCCGUGCCAGCGCAAGAUUCGGGAUCCGGGGCGGGCACGGGCGCUGCGGCUCGGGAGCCUCCCCCCCCGCCGAUGCUGCCGGUGCCACGGCACAGCCCGCAGCAGCCUUUGCACAGGAGGAGAGCGGCAGCGCGGUCCCUCCAUCGCCAUGCCUCGGCCCACCGCCCUCAUCCUCAUCCUGGCCGGGCUCUGCGCGUCCUCGCUGGGCCAGUACAACGAGGAGGAGGACCUGGCGUGGCUCCAGUACUACCUGCGGCAGUCCCGCGCCUCCUCCUACAACUACGUGCCCUACUACGAGGAGGAGAGCCCCGCGUACGCCUACUCCUACCCCAGCGCCACCGACACGGAGCCGGAGCCCGAGCCCGAGCCGCAGCAGGCGGCGCCCUGGCGGUGUCCCCAAGAGUGUGACUGUCCCCCCAACUUCUCGUCGGCCAUGUACUGCGACACGCGCAACCUGCGCUACCUGCCCUUCGUGCCGUCGCGGAUGAAGUACGUCUACUUCCAGAACAACCUGGUCACCUCCAUCCAGGAGGGCGCCUUCGACAACGCCACCGAGCUGGAGUGGCUGGCGCUGCACAACAACCAGAUCAGCAGCGACAAGAUGGGCAAGAAGGUUUUCGGGAAGCUGCAGAGGUUGGAGAGGCUCUACAUGAACAACAACAACCUGACCCGGCUGCCCAGCCCGCUGCCGCGCUCGCUGCGCGAGCUCCACCUCUCCUACAACCAGAUCUCCAAGGUGCCUCCCAACGCUCUGGAGGGGCUGGAGAACCUCACGGCGCUCUACCUCAGCCACAACUUCAUCUUCGAGAUGGGCGCGUCCCUCAAGGGGCUCAAGUCGCUGAUCCUGGCCGACCUGAGCUACAACAACCUCAGGAAGGUGCCCGACGGGCUGCCGGCCUCGCUGGAGCAGCUCUACAUGGAGUACAACUACAUCAACGCCAUCCCCGACGAGUACUUCCAGGUGUCCCCCAGGCUGCUCUACGUGAGGAUGUCCCACAACAGCCUGACCAACCAAGGGCUCUCCAGCAACACCUUCAACAGCAGCAGCAUCCUGGAGCUGGACCUCUCCUACAACCGGCUGCAGAAGAUCCCGCGGGUCAACACCAACCUGGAGAACCUCUACCUGCAGGGGAACCAGAUCGAUGAGUUCUCCAUCAGCAGCUUCUGCUCCGUGGUGGACGUGGUGAACUACUCGCGGCUGCAGGUGCUGCGGCUGGACGGCAACGCCAUCAAACGCAACGCGGUGCCCCCGGACGCGCCGCUGUGCCUGCGCCGCGCCACCGUCAUCGAGAUCUGAGCCCCCCCAGGACUGGUGUCCCCCACAUGGGGAUCCCCUCGUUCCCGCUUCCCCGCCCGACUCGCAGCGCCGUCGCUGGUUUUUCCGGAAUCGUCCCUUUUUGCACUCGGAUCCCGGCUCUGAUCCCGCCACAGGCGUCCCAUGAAGGGGACAUGGGCGGCUCCUGUCCCAGGGUGGGGUGGGACAUGGCAGGGGUGGGGAUCAUCCUGCUUUGGACAGGGGGAAAUCCCAAACUCGAUCCCAAAUUCGGGUCUGAACCCCCCUGGGAGGAGUUUCCUUCCAUGGGGAUCAGAUCCUUUUUCUGGGGGGAAAUCCCAAUCCCAAAUCCAGGUCUGAACUCCCUAAAAGGAGCAUCCUUCCAUGGGGAUCAGACCCUUGUUCCAUGGGGAAAUCCCAAACUCGAUCCCAAAUUUGGGUCUGAAUUCCCUGGGAGGAGUUUCCUUCCAUGGGGAUCAGACCCUUUUCCCAUGGGGAAAUCUUUCCAUGGGGAUCAGACCCAGAAGGAACAUCCUUCCAGGAGGAUCAGACCAUUUUUCCAUGGGCAAAUCUCAAUCCCGACCCCAAAUUCGGGUCUGAAUUCCCUGGGAGGAGCUUCCUUCCAGGAGGUUCAGACCCUUUUUCUGGGGAGAAAUCCCAAUUCCCAAAUCCAGGUCUGAACUCCCUAAAAGGAGCUUCCUUACAGGGGGUUCAGACCCUUUUUCCAUAGGGAAACCCCAAUCCCAAUCCCAAAUCCAGGUCUGAUUUGGGAGGAGCAUCCUUCCCGGAGGAUCAGACCCUUGGUUCCAUGGGGAGAUCCUGUGGGGGAAUCCCAUGGGGACCAGAUCCUUUUUCCAUGGGGAAAUCCCAAUCCCAAAUUCGGGUCUGAACCCCCUGGGAGGAGCAUCCUUCCAUGGGGAUCAGACCGUUUUCUAAUGGGGAAAUCCCAAUCCCAAAUCUGGAUCUGAACCCACUGAAAGGAGCAUCCUUCCAUGGGGAUCAGACCCUUCUUGCAUGAGAAAAUCCCAUGCGGAAAUCCCAGGGGAAUCAGACCCUUUUUCCAUGGGGAAAUCCCAAUCCCAAAUCCAGGUCUGAACCCCCUGGAAGGAACAUCUUUCCAUGGGGAUCAGACACUUUUUCCAUGGGGAAAUCCUUCCAGGGGAAUCAGACCCUUUUUCCACAGGGAAAUCCCAAUCCCAACCCCAAAUCUGAAUCUGAACCCCCCUAAAAGGAGCAUCCUUCCAUGGGGAUCAAACCCUUGUUCCAUGAGGAAAUCCCAUGGGGAAAUCCCGUGGGGAUCAGACCCUUUUUUCCAUGGGGAAAUCCCAAAUCCAGGUCUGAACCCCCUGGGAGGAACAUCCUUCCAUGGGGAUCAAACCCUUUUUGCAGGGGGGAAUCCCAUGAGGAUCAGACCCUUUUUCUGUGGGGAAAUCCCAAUCCCAAAUCCGGGUCUGAAACCCCUGGGAGGAGCAUCCUUCCAUGGGGAUCAGACCCUUUUUGCAGGGGGAAAUCCCAAAAAAAAAUCCCAACCCCAAAUCUGGAUCUGAACCCCCUGGGUGGAGCUUCCUUACAGAGGGAUCAAACCCUUUUUCCAUGAGGAAAUCCCAUGGGGAAAUCCCAUGGGGAUCAGAUCCUUUUUCCAUGUGGAAAUCCCGUGGGGAUCAAACCCUUUUUCCAUGGGGAAAUCCCAAUCCCAAAUCCGGGUCUGAACCCCCUGAAAGGAGCAUCCUUCCAUGGGGAUCAAACCCUUUUUCCAUGUGGAAAUCCCAUGGGGAUCAGACCCUUUUUCCAUGUGGAAAUCCCAUGGGGAUCAAACCCUUUUUCCAUGAGGAAAUCCCAUGGGGAUCAAACCCUUUUUCCAUGGGGAAAUCCCAUGGGGAUCAGACCCUUUUUCCAUGUGGAAAUCCCAUGGGGAUCAGAUCCUUUUUCCAUGUAGAAAUCCCAUGGGGAUCAAACCCUUUUUCCAUGGGGAAAUCCCAAUCCCAAAUCCAGGUCUGAACCCCCUGAAAGGAUCAUCCUUCCAUGGGGAUCAAACCCUUUUCCCAUGGGGAAAUCCCCAUCCCAAAUCCGGGUCUGAGCCCCCUGGGAUGAGCACCCAAGGGCUUGGGAUCUGCAGGAGUGAAGGGUUAAAGCUCUCCAGGCUGGAGGAGCAAAUCCAUCCCUUCCCUUCCCUUUUCCCCCCUUUUCCAUCGACCUGCUCCAGAAGUAACGGGGAGAAACCCUAAAAGAGAGAAACCCACCUUGGGAUCCGAGGGAAACCCCUGAGGAACAGAGGGAUCCCAAAUCUUCCUCCCAAACCCCUGGAUCAGGGCAGGGGUGGGGAAAAAUCCUGGAGUUGUCACCCCCCUGAGCUCAGACACCCCAAUGAAAACCCCCAAAACCAAUCACGGAGCCACGUUGGAAUUCCCUAAAAAUCCCAAAUCCCCCAAAAUCCCCCAACUCGGCCCCUCAAGCGGCUGAGUUUGAGGAUUGAAGGGGCAGCCGAGCUUUUGGGGGCUCACCCCGACCCUCCGCGUCGUUCCUGCAUGCGAAGAUCAUUUUAAAAAAAGAAAAACCCCAAAAAAAUCCCGUAAUUUCACCAGCAUGAACUGUAAACCCCAAAGCCGUCAAUAAAACCUUUGCAGUGCCU